CAGUUUCCAUUGUGGAACUUAACCCUAGAACAUCCUGCUUAAAGAUCAAUCCCUUUUUUAGCGAAUUACGGUGGCUGAUUCAGGCGAGAUUGCAAGCAAAGAUUGUCCUCUUUCCCGUAGGUGAUUCUGAAGAUCGUUUGAGGAUUUAGGGUGUUUAAUUAUGAGCAAAUCUAUGGCUGCUGGAGUGGGAGAAGAGGAGGAGUACGAGAGCGAUCCGGAGGAGGCGAAGCUGUCGUUGAAGAUGCGGAGGAGAGAGGCGAGCGACGAUGAAGAGGAGCGCCGCAGCGGAGGAAGCGGGGAACAUGUGAGGAGGGAGAAUCCGGCGCGCAGGAUUGAUUCGGAUGUGGAGUCGGAUCAGGGCGGCUAUGCGGAGUAUGAUGAAGAAGAAGAAGAUGAAGGGGAAGAGGAGUCGGAGUACCUUGAAGACUACGAGGAGGACUAUGUUGGGGAGGAGUUUGAGGAGGCUAGUGUGCCGGUUGGUGUGGAAGUUGUUGGUGAGGCUCGACCAGUGCGUAUGCUUGCGGAUGGCGGUUCUGAAGUUAUCAGGGAAGGACUGGCAGCAGAGGUUACAGAAUUGGGUGAGGGUUUUGGUGGCAAUGAUGAUGGUAAUAUGCAGAAUGAAUUGGAGGAGAAGAAGGAGAAUGAACCAUAUGCCGUGCCAACAGCUGGACCAUUUUAUAUGCAUGAUGACAGAUUUCGGGACAAUUCUCGUGGGCGGCAGAGGAGAACUUUUGGUGGAAGAAAGUUAUGGGAGUCGAGAGAUGAUAAAAAAUGGGGGCAUGACAAGUUUGAAGAGUUGACCACGGAGGAUAGAAACUACUAUGGGGGAAGGAGGAGUUCCAGGGGUCGUUAUCAAGGACGCGGCAAAAUAAGAGGAACAGACCCGGGAUAUCCGCGCGGAAGAAGACCUAGAGCAUAUGGCAAUGAGAACAAUUAUAACAAUGAGAACAGAGUUUAUGGUAAUAAUCAGAAAACUCAGAAUAAUGCACCUAGAGUGAGGGGGCGAGGGCCUAGAAGGUAUCGCCCUGUUCCUAAAGCCAGCAAUGAUGCUCCUCCUCCCCUAAACAAACGUUCCGGUACGGCGACUGAGAAGCCUUCACAUGGUAGUUCUGGGAAAGGGUCUGUAGCUGAUGCAUCAAAUACUGAACUGAAUCCAGAACCGCCUUCCAAACAAGGGUUCGUGUCAAGCUUGAAUUAUGCUUCUCCUCCAUUUUAUCCCUCGAAUACCAAAGACGUGAAUGCCUCACAUGAUGGAGAGUUGCAAUCAGGAUCAAAGAGUCAUACCACCCAAUCUUCUCGUGUGAGCGAGAGUUCUUCUGCAGCUCAACCUAGUUCGCUAUUGAGAGGGAAAAAUGUGAUUGAGUCUGUUGCUAUGGACAAGCUUAACAUCAAUGAUUCAGUUUCCUUAGUUGCUGGAAAACCUUUAACAACCAUGCCGGUGAUUCAAGGCUCUUCAUAUCCCGCUUCAAUGCCUCAUAGGGCACAAGGAAGAGGAAUAACUCCACACUCUCAAAUGAAUUUUCAACCAACAGUCCUAAAUAGCCAAGCGAUCAGGACCCCACAUCCUAUGCAUUUCCAAACUAUGCAGGGAAGUUCUGUUCAAAGCAGGGGACAACCUUCGUUGCAAGCUACUGGGCAGCAAUAUAUCCAACGUCCUGGUGCUGGAUCUCAAGCUCUAUCCCCACCUAAACAUGGUCAACCCUUAAUUGUUGAAACUGGAGAGCUUGAAUCGUCUUCAGAUGCAAGCAAGUUAAAUACUGCUGUGACUAAAGGAAAAGGAAGUAUGAUCCCUGGUGGAAGGGGAUCAAUUGUCUAUGGUGGAGCUCAGGUUAUGGGUGCACCUGGUCGCACUGGAAGUGGGCGUGGUGAUCAAAAUUUCUCCGCAACUCCAGCCUUUUUGCCUGUCAUGCAAUUUGGUGGACAGCAUCCUGGUGGUAUGGGGGUUCCUGCUGUUGGCAUGGCAUUUCCCGGUUAUAUGGCUCAGCCACAGCUUGGAUUAGGGAGUUCGGAGAUGACUUGGUUACCUGUUUUAGCAGGUGCAGCAGGAGCGUUGGGGGCUCAGUAUUGCUCACCUUAUAUUGCUGUUGAUGGUGCCUAUCACGGCCGCCCAUCUGGGCAGGUUUCUACCAUCAAUGCUGCUUCAAGCAAGGAGAGUAAUAAUAGCAAAGUCAAUAAUGAAGGGAAGCCUUCACAAAAGCCUGAAUUGGGAAAUGAUGAUUUUGGGCAGCGGCAGAAGAAUCCUCGCAGAUAUACCGAAAUGAAGUUUGACCAAUGAAGGAGUUGCAUCUGUUGUGAGCCCAUAUCAAAUUAUCCUAUUAGAACCGCUAUCUUUAGUUGGGUGCUAUUGCAAAUUACUGUGGUACUUCCAGUGCAGCGGGCGUUUUCCCAGACCUUUUUUCCGUUCAUUGAUCUGGACAAACUGGGGCUGCCAUCUAUUCGGCCUUACUUUAGGUUUACAUGACAAACUGCCUGCUUAAGUUGCUUCACUUGAAGACACACGCUGCAGCUUGGCAGGUGUCAUAUCUUUAUUCAAUGUGUUGGUUCUUGUGGCUUGCUUUUCUUUGAGUGAAGCUUGUGAGAAUUGUUGUUACUGGGAUUUUUAUGACAAGGCAUAAAAAUAAGACGGCAAAGAACAAGAGAGGUCUUGUGUUGCCUUGCAGAAGUAAUGUUUAAAGGUGCCAAAUUCCAUGUUUUCCGUCUCUGGUUUUGUUUGGUUUUGUUUACAUGUUGCGCUUUGCUUUACUGAGACGGUGUUUGCCUUUGUGAAGUUUGGUUUGCGUUUAUUUUGUACUUGACGAAAAAACGUAGCAUUUUGUCUGAUUUGUAAUUUAUGUUGAUGACAUUCACAUUUACUAUAAACUGCUUUUGUCAUA